AUGAAACACUAAGCAUUAAUUAUUACUGCUGGCAUUUUGCUUGCUACUUUAACUGGUUUUGUUGCCUUUGAAGCUUUCAGAUAUAAGCAAGAAAAGUACCACGAUAAGCUUAAAUAAAUCAUUCAAAAAGUUAACAGCUCCAACUCUACCUGGAAGGCUGGAGAAAAUACUAAAUGGAUUAAUUCUGAUAUCGCAGGAGUUAAAGCUCAUAUGGGUGUCAAAUUAGGUCAAGAAUCUGGAAUUAAGCUUGAAACUGUUUCUGCUUAAGCAAACGGUUUACCUGAAGAAUUCGACGCUAGAGUUUAAUGGGGUGACAAGUGCUCUUCUUUAUGGGAAGUUAGAGAUCAAUCUACUUGUGGUUCUUGCUGGGCUUUUGGUGCUGCUGAAUCUUUAUCUGAUAGACACUGCAUUCAUCUUGGUUAAGAUAUUAGACUUUCUACCUAAAAUCUCCUUACUUGCUGUGCUGCUUGCGGUGAUGGUUGCGAUGGUGGCUGGCCUGAAGCUGCUAUGGACUAUUAUGUUAACACUGGUUUGGUUACUGGUGAUUUAUAUGGUAACAAUUCCUGGUGUUAAGCUUAUACUUUUGCUCCUUGCGCUCACCACGUUACUUCUGAUAUCUAUCCUCCUUGCACUGGUGAAUUACCCACUCCUCCUUGCAUCAAUUCUUGCGAUUCUAACUCCACUCACACUAUCCCCUACUCUAAGGAUAUCCACAGAGGAUCUAAGGCUUAUGGUAUUGCUAAGGAUGAAAAGGCUAUCAUGGCUGAAAUCUAUAAGAACGGACCUAUUGAAGUCGCUUUGACUGUUUAUGAAGAUUUCUUAACCUACAAGACCGGUGUUUAUCAACAUGUUACUGGUGAUGAAUUGGGAGGUCAUGCAGUCAAGAUGGUUGGUUGGGGUGUUGAAAACGGUACUCCUUACUGGACUAUUGUCAACUCUUGGAACGAAAGUUGGGGUGAUAAGGGAACCUUCAAGAUCUUGAGAGGUAAAAACGAGUGUGGUAUUGAAUCCUCUUGUGUUACUGCUCUUCCUGCUUACUGA